AUGAAAAUCGCCGUUCUGCAAUUCAACCCCAAUCUCGGGGCGUUUGCUUACAACGUCAGUCAUGCGGACUACCUCCUCAGUUCCAACCAGACGAACCUGGACCUCCUCGUGCUCCCCGAAAUGGCCUUUUCAGGCUACAACUUCCCCAACCUGGAAGCCAUCCGCCCGUUCCUCGAACCCACCGCGCAAGGCCCCACGACGCAAUGGGCGAUCAAGACGGCGACGCAGCGGCAAUGUACGGUCGUCGUAGGCUAUCCCGAGAUCGCCACCGAGACAGCAGCAGACGGAAGCAGCGCGACGAAGAAUUACAACUCCACCGUCUUCGUCGGCCCCAACGGCGCCGUGCUGGCCAAUUACAGGAAAUCCUUCCUCUACUACACCGACGAGACGUGGGCCGCCGAGGGCUUCCGCUCGACGCCCGAGCAGAAACCCUUCUUCGCCGCACCUAUCCCCUCCCUGCUGCCGCACGGCGGCAACGUCGGCCACGGCAUCUGCAUGGACAUCAACCCGUACCAAUUCCAGUCCGACUGGCGCCACUACGAAUUCGCCAGCACGAUGCUCCAGGCGAACUGCAAACUGGUGCUCCUCAGCAUGGCGUGGCUCACGCGCCUGACGCCCGAGGCCUGCGCGGCGGAACCCGAGCGCCCGGACAUGGAAACGGUGGCGUACUGGCUGGAGCGCUUCUGGCCGUUUGUGGACCGGCAGCCGGCGGAGGCGGCGGUGGUGGUGUUUGCGAAUCGCUGUGGGAGUGAGGGGAAGGCGGUGGGCGCGGUGCGGAUGCCCGAGCACGGCGAGGAGAUUGAAAUCGGGGAUCGCGUGGCUUAUGCGGGGAGUAGUUGUGUGAUGCGCUUCCAGGGCGGGAGCGUCAAGUUGUGGGAGCAUUUCGUGGGCAAGAAGAAGGGGGAUGUCGGGUUGUUGGGUAAGGGGGAGGAGGGGUUUUUGGUUGUUGAUACGGGCAUGCCGGCUGGAUUUCUAUUGCAGCAGAAGACGGGUUAA